UAUCACUUUCCAAAGGAAGAGGCUCUAAUUCAACCCCAUACAUUCAAAGCAUUGACACUUCAAAGGUUCACCUGCGGAAGAACUAAUUCCGUGAGAAUACGCAUGCGCAGCUGUGACGCUCCUCUAGCGGGUCGCUUCCACCCUCCUUCUCCCUGGGGCUCCUUCCGGGUCAGCGCCUGACGCCCCUUUCCCAGAGUGCUCUGCGCCCGGAAGCAGCAGCUCCAGGGAAGGCGCCAUUUUGCGUUGGUGGAGCCAGAAUAACAAGAUGGCAGCGGCGUUGGUGGAGUAACAAGAUGGCAUCACCAGCCCGCGACGUCACGAAAGCCCAGAAACCAAGUGGCCCAGCCUGGGAACCUCGAGAACCCCUUAGGAACGGCGGCCCGAAAAGGAGCAGCCUGACGGAGCAGAGGUGAUUAGGGUCCCCUUGGGGGAUUCUGGGCCCUGUGACACCGAGAGCCACCGUUUCCGUUUCCGGCCGCCCACCUCUGCAGAGUUGCUCAGGGCCCAGCCCAGAGGCCUCUGUCCUCCUCUCCGAGGUGUCGGGCUUGGCCUCAGCCCCGCUGGAGACCGUCUCAGGAUGGCGAGCUGCAGCAGCUCUCAGGCCGAAUUCACUGUCCGCGGGAAAUACAAACUCGUGCGGAAGAUCGGGUCUGGCUCCUUCGGGGACAUUUAUCUGGCGAUCAACAUCACCAACGGCGAGGAGGUGGCGGUGAAGCUGGAAUCCCUGAAGGCCAGGCACCCGCAGCUGCUGUACGAGAGCAAGCUCUAUAAGAUUCUCCAGGGCGGGGUCGGCAUCCCCCACAUUCGCUGGUACGGGCAGGAAAAAGACCACAAUGUGCUGGUCAUGGAUCUUCUGGGACCCAGCCUGGAAGACCUCUUCAAUUUCUGUUCGAGAAGCUUCACCAUGAAAACUAUACUGAUGCUAGCUGACCAGAUGAUCAGUCGAGUUGAAUAUGUGCAUACAAAGAACUUUAUACACAGAGACAUUAAACCAGAUAACUUCCUAAUGGGCAUUGGGCGUCACUGUAAUAAGUUAUUCCUUAUUGAUUUUGGUUUGGCCAAAAAGUACAGAGACAACAGGACAAGGCAACACAUACCAUACAGAGAAGAUAAAAAUCUCACAGGCACUGCGCGGUAUGCUAGCAUCAAUGCACACCUUGGUGUUGAACAGAGUCGCCGAGAUGACAUGGAAUCGUUAGGAUAUGUUUUGAUGUAUUUUAAUAGAACCAGCCUGCCAUGGCAAGGACUAAAGGCUGCAACAAAGGUACAGAAAUAUGAGAAGAUUAGUGAAAAGAAGAUGUCCAUUCCGGUUGAAGUAUUGUGUAAGGGCUUUCCUGCAGAAUUUGCCAUGUACUUAAACUAUUGCCGUGGGCUGCGCUUUGAAGAAGCCCCGAAUUACAUGUAUCUGAGGCAGCUCUUCCGCAUUCUUUUCAGGACCCUGAACCACCAGUAUGACUACACAUUUGAUUGGACAACGUUAAAGCAGAAAGCAGCACAAUCAGCAGCCUCUUCAAGUGGGCAGGGUCAGCAGGCCCCAACCCCCACAGGUUGCUAAGCAUGAAUCAAGGAACAGACGAAGGAGUGCCGAUGAUUGGAGCAGCUUUAGUUUCUCCCCAAAUCUAGACAUUUUAGUUCAUAUGUACACUAGCCAGUGGUUGUGGACAACCAUUUCUUUGGUGUAAAGAACUUAAUUUCAGUAUAAACUGGCUCUGGGAAGCAUUGUUGUAAUUGUAAAUAUUAACUGAGAUAGUGAAA